AUGGUCCGUGGACAGAACUCUGAAACAGUCCGUGGACAGAACUCUGAAACAGUCCGUGGACAGAACUCUGAAACAGUCCGUGGACAGAACUCUGAAACAGUCCGUGGACAGAACUCUGAAACAGAAGCGGAACCAAAGUUUGUUGAGGCUGAAAAGUCUCACAGAAAAUGGGCUUCGCUUCAAAGUUUUCUGCGUCGCUUCGUGAUUCUGACACAGGUGAAGCCAGGGGCGGAGCAGAGGAAGGGAAGGGAGGAGGGGGGACUACAGGGGGGGGGGACUACAGGGGCGGAGCAGAGGAAGGGGAGGAGGGGGGACUACAGGGGGGCCGAGGGAGAGGAGGAGGGACUACAGGGGCGGAGCAGAGGAAGGGGAGGAGGGGGGACUACAGGGGGGGCCGAGGGAGAGGAGGAGGGACUACAGGGGCGGAGCAGAGGAAGGGGAGGAGGGGGGACUACAGGGGGGCCGAGGGAGAGGAGGAGGGACUACAGGGGCGGAGCAGAGGAAGGGGAGGAGAGGGGACUACAGGGGGGGCCGAGGGAGAGGAGGAGGGACUACAGGGGCGGAGCAGAGGAAGGGGAGGAGGGGGGACUACAGGGGGGCCGAGGGAGAGGAGGAGGAGGGACUACAGGGGCGGAGCAGAGGAAGGGGAGGAGGAGGGACUACAGGGGGGCAGAGGAAGAGGAGGUUGGACUACAGGGGGCAGAGGAAGGGGAGGAGGAGGGACUACAGGGGGGCAGAGGAAGAGGAGGUUGGACUACAGGGGGCAGAGGAAGAGGAGGUUGGACUACAGGGGGCAGAGGAAGAGGAGGAGGAGGGACUACAGGGGGGCAGAGGGAGAGGAGGAGGGGGGACUACAGAGGGAAGAGGAAGAGGAGGAGGAGGGACUACAGGGGGGCAGAGGAAGAGGAGGAGGGGGGACUACAGGGGGGCAGAGGAAGAGGAGGAGGGGGGACUACAGGGGGGCAGAGGAAGAGGAGGAGGGGGGACUACAGGGGGAAGAGGAAGAGGAGGAGGAGGGACUACAGGGGGGCAGAGGAAGAGGAGGAGGGGGGACUACAGGGGGGCAGAGGAAGAGGAGGAGGGGGGACUACAGGGGGAAGAGGAAGAGGAGGAGGAGGGACUACAGGGGGGCAGAGGAAGAGGAGGAGGGGGGACUACAGGGGGGCAGAGGAAGAGGAGGAGGGGGGACUACAGGGGGGCAGAGGAAGAGGCGGAGGGGGGACUACAGGGGGGCAGAGGAAGAGGAGGUUGGACUACAGGGGGGGCAGAGGGAGAGGAGGAGGAGGGACUACAGGGGGCAGAGGAAGAGGAGGUUGGACUACAGGGGGCAGAGGAAGAGGAGGUUGGACUACAGGGGGGGCAGAGGGAGAGGAGGUUGGACUACAGGGGGCAGAGGAAGAGGAGGUUGGACUACAGGGGGGGCAGAGGGAGAGGAGGAGGAGGGACUACAGGGGGGGCAGAGGAAGAGGAGGAGGCAGAGGCAGAGACAGAGACAGAGACAGAGACAGAGACAGAGGCAGAGACAGAGACAGAGACAGAGGCAGAGGCAGAGGCUGA